AAUGGACCGGCAAUUUGGGCCAAAAGGACAUUUCCCGCUUUUCGUCUUUCCCCCUGCACCAGUGGAUAUCGGUUGUUUCUGAGAGUGGCGCGCACACACACAAGCACACCUCCGAUUAGCACGGUUGGCUACGUACGGUGCGAAAUAAGUUCAACAUACAAACGGGUGUCAGUCUCUCUCGCUCUCUCUCUCUGGCCAUGACGAACUUCACGGGCACGUGGAAGCUUAAAACAAGCGAGAAUUUUGAAGAGUACUUGCACACCCUGGGGGUCAGCCACGUCACCAAGAAGAUCUCCACCUGCUCGAGACCCACAGUCCACAUAAGCCAGGACGGAGACAACUUCCACAUCCGAGUAUCCUCCUUCCGCACCGCGGAGAGCAACUUCACCGUCGGCCAGGAGUUUGAGGAGGAUGGGCCCUGGCAGGGCCUCCGGCUCCGGAGCCUGGUGAAAUGGGCCGGGCCGGGGAAGUUAUCGUGCAUCCAGAGGCCUGUCUCCGGUGAAGGCCAACCCAUCUUCUGGACCAGAGAGAUCGUCAACGGAGACCUUGUGCUUAAUCUGACCUUCAAGAACGUGUCGUGCUCUCGUGUGUUCGCGAAGACGCAAGAGACGACGCUGUGACGGCGCCCUCGGGGGAGGAACGAUCCACGCUGACACCAUCGGCUCAGACUGCAAAUCGCGCAACAAUAGGAGUGUUUUUAUUUGAUUGGUGUUUAAAGAUCGCGCAUUUUCGAUGGAGGGUAGUAUUAAGGUAGAUGCCUUAUCGCAGCACUGAGCCAGCAUUGUUGACAUCCUCGGUUCGAAUCCAGUACCUCUUCUCCAGCGUGUGGGACCCUCACGGUACGGGUGGUUUUCCACGUGGCUAUUUGCCGAGCCAAGCCAGAGCCAAAUCGCGAUUCGCUGGCCUCACGAGACACCUGAAUCCAACUCGGGGCCAAGCAGGGCCAGAAGUAGAGUUCGUCGCUGUUGUCGUACUAAAAUUCUGAGUGUGUGACGUCAGCGGGCAGGGCUCGGCUUCUGCGGUGGGAGAACAAACCCAGCGCCUCCGGAGCCGCUCCAGGCGGUCUUGGCACGACCCCGGCGAGGCUCAGCUGUAGGGUGGAAAAAAACGUAGCGGGGUUGGCCCACCCGCAAUCAAAAUCUGGCUUUUCAAGUGCAGUGAGCUGAUGUAACUGCAACAACAACAACAUAUUCUUGGUUCUUUCGGUAAUUCUUUCGGUAAAGUCACGUAUUGUUUCCCGUCUACGUGACGACUUUACCGAGAGAACCAAGAAUAUGAAUCCCUGCAGUCACGAAAGCUUUAAAUCAAAACGACAACAUAUUUCAGUGUUAAAUUUGGUUUGCCGCUUAGUUUGACAUAUUCCAGCUGCGGGAAUUCAAUGUUUUUGGUCCGUUCGACAUGUGGCGAGCAAAUCUAAGUGUGGAUGGAUGAAAAAAAAAAGACACCCAUUGAAGGUACUUGAGAUGUAGCUGCCAUUCUCUCGCACUAGGUGGUACACUGCUCGCUGUGAGAGUUUCAACUGUAAAUAUACAGUGAGGGAAAAAAGUAUUUGAUCCCCUGCUGAUUUUGUACGUUUGCCCACUGACAAAGAAAUGAUCAGUCUAUAAUUUUAAUGGUAGGUUUAUUUGAACAGUGAGAGAC